AUGAAGCUAUCCAUCGUCCUGGGUGUGGCACUGGUGGCCACCCUUGCCUCUGUGAGUGCAAAACCAUCGUCAAGCAGUGUUGGAGAUUGUACCAAGGAAGAUGAAGGUGUAACCUACGGCGUACCCAGUGAUUGCCAUCAGUACAUCGUCUGCAAGAAGGGAAAGCUGCAAGUGAAGCAAUGUGAGAGCAAAUACAACUACGAUACGGUCGCGGCGAAGUGUGUGAAAGCUAAGGACGCAACCUGCGCGGUGGAAGCGGUUCCUGAAGACCCGGAACCCGUCCAUCCCGAGCCAGAGGAGUCGCAAGAAACGAACGAGCAGUAUGACUACCUCUGCGUGAAGGUACUGUACGGUGUGCGAGUUCAUCCGAACGCAUGUGACAAGUACCUCGUUUGCACGAAGGAGAAGGCUACGAUCGAGCAAUGUGCUGACGGUUUCAUCUUUGUCGCUGAUGCCAUCGAGUGUGUGAAAGGCAACAAGGUUUCGUGCACUGUUGAGCGUGACGAGCCAAGCACCACGGAGGCUCCUACUGAAGCCCCAACAACUGAGCCUAAGGAGAAAGAAAGCGAAGAGUCCAACGAAUCGAAGCCUGGAAGUGGGGAAUCUGACUCUGGUGAAAAGUCGAAGGAAGGUGACUCUGGAGAGGGUGACUCAGGUGAAGACUCGAAGGAAUCUGAAGGAAAGUACGACUAUCUGUGCGCUAAGAAACUGCUCGGAUCCGUUGCUCAUCCGGAAUCUUGCACCAAGUACAUCUCGUGUAAGAAGUACAAAGCGAAGGAAGAGAGCUGCAAGAAGGGAUACUCGUACUACUCGCUCUUAGGUCUCUGUGUGAAACAGAACAACGGACAGUGUGCUGAUGCUCCUCAGGAUCCUCCAGCAACCGAAGCACCUACCGAACCUCCGACGCCGGUCACCGAACCCCCGAAGUCAGAGAGUGGAGAGUCUGACUCUGGUGAAGACUCUAAGGAAUCGGAAGGAAAGUACGACUACCUGUGCGCUAAGAAACUUCUCGGAUCCGUUGCUCAUCCAGAGUCCUGCACCAAGUACAUCUCGUGUAAGAAGUACAAAGCGAAGGAAGAGAGCUGCAAGAAGGGAUACUCGUACUCUUCGAAGUUUGGCCUGUGUUUGAAACAGAACAACGGACAGUGUACUGAUGCUCCUCAGGAACCUUCAGCAACUGAAGCACCCACUGAACCUCCCAAGCCAGUCACCAAACCACCGAAGCCAGAGAGUGGAGAAUCUGACUCAGGUGAAGACUCUAAGGAAUCGGAAGGAAAGUACGAUUAUCUGUGCGCUAAGAAACUUCUCGGAUCCGUUGCUCAUCCGGAAUCUUGCACCAAGUACAUCUCGUGUAAGAAGUACAAAGCGAAGGAAGAGAGCUGCAAGAAGGGAUACUCAUACUCUACGAAGUUUGGCCUGUGUGUGAAACAGACCAACGGACAGUGUGCUGAUGGUCCUCAGGAACCUCCAGCAACCGAGGCGCCCACUGAAGCUCCUACGAAGCCAGAUAGUGGAGAAAGUGGUGAGUCAUCUGGAGAAACCGGUAAUGAAACACCUGGCAAGUACGACUAUCUCUGCGAAAACGUAUUCAUCGGAAAGUGUGCUCAUCCGGAAAGCUGCACCAAGUACAUCUCCUGCAAAAAGAGCAAGGCUAAGGAGGAGAACUGCAAGAAGGGUCGCUAUUACUCGGUGUACCUACAAACUUGUAUCAAGGGUAACUCGGAAACCUGUGCCCAAGGUAACGGUAACGGUGCACCGACAACGGUCACUGAGCCACCUACCACUGAGGCUCCUACCACCGAAGCACCAACAACGGUCUAUGAAGUACCAACUACCGAAGAGUCUAUUCCGGAACUAACUCCACCGGGAACCGGAGGCGAUCCGAUGGAACCCACGGUAGAGUGCGUGGAAGGAUUUACCGGAUAUGUGCCGAUUGAAAGCGACUGCACCAAGUACGUGUACUGCUUCCAGGGAGAACCUGGCGAGAGGACUUGCAUGGACGACUACAUCUACUACCAUCCGUUCAAGGCAUGCCUUCCGGGAGAUCCAGUGCUGUGCCAACUCUACAAUGUCUAG